CCAGCACCACCAGCAGCUGCGCCGCUUGGAAGGGCAGAUGCAGCACCACGCCGGUCCCGCGCCGGGCGCUGCUCCUGCCCAGCGGCCCCAAUGCCGCGCACCCGCGGGGACAAGGGGACCCCCAAGGACACGGGCAAGGAGGGGGACAAGCCCCCCCCGAAGCCCCCCGAGGACGGCGGCACCAGGAGCCCCGGCGCCGAGUCCCGGCACAGCGGCCACGGGCACAGGAGCGGCAGGAAGGGGCCCGGGGACCCCCAUGCGGCCGCCACCAAAACGUACUCCCCCUUCCUCAACACCGUGUUCGGCAAGGAGCGGGAGCUGUCACCGGAGGAGCUGGAUGAGCUGCUGGACGCCUUCAAGGAGUUCGACACGGACCAGGACGGGUACAUCAGCUACAAGGACCUGGGUGCCUGCAUGCGCACCCUGGGCUACAUGCCCACCGAGAUGGAGCUCAUCGAGAUCUCCCAGCACAUCAAGAUGAGGAUGGGUGGCCGGGUGGACUUUGAGGACUUCGUGCAGAUGAUGGGCCCGAAGCUGCGGGAGGAGACGGCCCAUAUGGUGGGUGUGCGGGAGCUCAAGAUCGCCUUCCGAGAGUUCGACAUGAACGGGGACGGGGAGAUCAGCAGCACGGAGAUGCGGGCGGCCAUCGCGGCGCUGCUGGGCGAGCAGCUCAAGGCGCAUGAGGUGGACGAGAUCCUGCAGGACGUGGACCUCAACGGGGACGGGCGCGUGGACUUCGAUGAGUUCGUUAUGAUGUUGUCAUCCCGGUAAUGAAACGUGGGGACGAGAUGGGACCCCCCCACCCUGACCCUUGUCCUGCCCAGCCACCAGCCCCAGCUCGCUGCCAUCGGUAGGGUUCAGAGUGAACAACUGGAGCUGAGCCUGUGCUUGGGAAUGGGGCAGAUGUGGGACCCCAAUGGCGGUGGUGGCAGGGCUGGGGACCAAUAAACCCCCUGGAUCAGA